GUUUUCCUCAUUCGUCUAGCGAACUUCUCAGUGGCGAGACGUUGUCGUUAAUUUCGUUCCGAUUCGCACUGAUUUCGGCGUACAAGCGUGUAGUUUAUUCAAAGCGAGUAGUAGUAGCCUAUUUGUAAUUUCUAUAUAGGCAUUUGCAGUGAGACCGAUCGAAGUGAUCGUUUCGCGUGUAACCUGAUCGUUUAGCGCGUAUUCUGUUCAUAUGCAUUACAAAGUGUUAAAUCGUACUACUCAGUGUGUGAAGAUGCUAGUAGUGGCGCUAGCAGUAGUUGCAAAGCUUUGAAAAGGCUUCCCCACUUUCCGCGAGUUCGUGUGCCAGACGCUGCACUUCCUUGUCUACGAUCGUUGAUCGUUUCAUUGAUGCACAGAUUGUGUAUCGACGCCGUCCCUCUACUCAAGUGAUCUCUUACAAUAUACUCAGUCAACCAACGACCCACUAUAGGCGCGCGGAAGUGCGCAGACGCAACAGUUUUUUGGGGAAAAUAAUAAAGAAAAGUUUUUUGAAAGUUUUUGCUGCAACCAGAAUUUGUGCCUGAGUGUGGUAAACGUGUACAUUAGACGACGACAACUUUAUUUCAACAUUUUUUGAGUGGUUUUUGCUGUGAUAUUGUUGAGAAAAACCAAAAAUGGUAGCAGUUGAAGCUCGUACAGUCCUGUGGUAUCUGGCAUUCAUCGGUUUCGCCGUGAACUACAUGAUCCGCAUCAAUCUCAACAUAACCAUUGUGGAAAUGAUUGCCACCAAUACGAAGUUAGUGCACACACAAACGCCUCCGCCUUUCUUGGCGAAUCUUACACAAGAUAUUUUAGUCAAUAGUAGUUAUCUACAUUCAACCAACAACAGUAUUAAUGCGAGUUUAAGUAGCAACAGUGUAGCCGUGCAGGCGUCUAAUCAGAGUGGAAUGCUGCAUGUGGCGAAGAAGAAUAGCUAUUCGUUGGAGAAGCAGCUACUGAAUGCGAUAGGGAUCGAGUACGAUAGUCAAGGAUUUGAUUGGAAUGAGUACCAACAGGGUCUGGUGCUAGGCUCAUUUUAUUGGGCGCAUUGGGUUACCCAAAUUCCUGGCGGUAUUUUAGCCAAGAAAUAUGGCACAAAAUUGGUAUUCGGCCUGUCAAAUGCAGUCGGCUGUUGGAUAUGUUUCAUUAUACCCUUAGCGGCAUAUUGGAAUUAUGAAGCACUGAUAUGGCUGCGUAUCCUACAGGGUCUUGUGACGGGCUUGUCGUGGCCAGCUAUGCAUCACAUGACCGCCAAAUGGAUUCCGCCGAAUGAGCGCAGCAAAUUCGUAACAGCCUAUUUGGGCAGUUCUGUCGGUGUCGCUGCAUUCUAUCCCAUAUUCGGCUAUGUCAUGCAUUGGACUUCGUGGGAGUGGGUUUAUCAUAUGUGCGGCGUCAUCGGCACUAUAUGGUGGUUUUGUUGGCUGUGCUUGGUGUAUAAUACACCAGCGGAGCAUCCGCGUAUUAGCAGCUCUGAGCAGCGUUACAUUGAAAAAUCGUUGGGCGCAUCGGUGCAUCAUACGAAUCUUGGACCAACUCCUUGGCGUCGCAUACUCUCCUCGCGCGCCGUAUGGAUGAAUGUCAUCGCGCAGUGGGGUGGCAUCUGGGGUCUAUUCACCAUGAUGACACAAGCACCUACUUACUUCCGCGUGGUGCAUCAUUGGAACAUUCGAGCGACCGGCAUUCUUUCAGGCUUGCCACAUUUAAUGCGUAUGCUCUUCGCUUUGGCCUUCUCAAUGCUUGCCGACUACCUGCUGCGCUCGGAUAAGAUUAAGCGCACCAAUUUGCGAAAAUUGGCAACAGCGAUUUGUUGCAUUGUGAAUGGUAUUAUGGUGCUAUGUCUUGCGAUGUUUGGCUACAAUGCUGUGGCGGCGAUCGCUUUUCUUACCUUGGCUCUAAUGUUCCAUGGUGCCGUAUCGUCCGGACCGCUUGCGUCCAUUGUCGAUAUGUCGCCAAACUAUGCGGGUAUCGUUUUGGGUAUUAGUGGUAUGAUUGGUGUACUGCCUGGUUUCGUGUCGUCCUAUAUUGUGGGCAUAAUGACGCUGGGAAAUCAAACCUUUGAAGCGUGGAAGAAUGUGUUCCUGCUCUGUGCGGGAAUGUUGAUUGGCUGUGGUGUGCUUUACGUGCUAUUUUCCGAUUCGACGUUGCAAGAGUGGAAUUCACCGAAACGUGUUUUGGUGGUCGAUCCGAAAGAGUUGGAGCUUUUACAUGCAAAUGUCACAAAUCAGAAUGAGAAGAAUCUUAGAGAUGGAGAGAAGAGUUCUGAUUACAAGAGUGAAAGUUAAGCGAAUUUAUCUGUGCAUAUUUAUUUUGUCGAACUUAUUUAGUUGCAUUUUUUAGAGUUAAGUAAUAAAUUGUUAUAAUAUAUUAAAUUUUAUUAUUAAGAGUAAAUUCUGUUAAUAUAAUUAAAGUUGUUGACACUCAGAUAUUUCUUAUCAAACGAGUCUGAUUAUUAAAAAAAUAU